CACGUCACGCGCACAGAUUGCGGAACCCAAUCGAGAAUCACCGCACGCCCAGUUCCUCCGCUCGUGUCCUCCCUCCGCGGAGUCAUUCCGUCGAGCGCCCCGCGCGCACGCCCUCCCCCGCACCGCCCGCGGCCUUGUCCGAUCGAAUGCCGUAGGCCCGGAGCGGAAGAGCGCGCGCGGGCGGUGGCUGCCAUGGCCUCUCUCCGCCCCAUAUCCGCCGCGCCCUCCUUCCCGCGCGCUCGCGCCGCCUGCUUCAGGAGCCCCGCCUCCUGGAGCGGCCUCGCCGCGGCCGCGAGGGGCAAUGCCUAUGGCUGCGGCUGCACGGUUCCACCCGCCGCGGCCGGGGGUCACGCGAGGCUGCGGACGCGGUGGAGGAGCCCCGUGCGCGCCAAGGUCGACGAGGCGGACAAGGACGCGGGCGCGGGGCUGGGGCUCCGCACGCCCGGCCGCAGGAGGAGGCCGCGGCUGCGCCUGCGGCCGCGGCUGCGCCUUAUGCUGUGGCGGCUCCGGAGGCUGUCGCCGCGGGACCUCGCGGCCGCGCUGCGGCGCGCCGUCCGCCGCGUGCCUCCCGCGGCCGCGGCGCCGGUCCUCCUGGCGUUCCUCCUGUUCGCCGCGCGGCUCGCGCUACCGAAGAACGUGGCAAAGGAGGUGGCCUACUCGGACCUCGUCGCGGGGCUCCGCGAGGGCGCCGUAGCCGCCGUCGCGUUCGAGGAGGACUCGCGCCGCAUCUACUUCAGCAAGAAGGCCGGGGACGCCAGCGGCAGCGACGAAGCGAGCGAGCCCGAGACUGAUAGCGCAGCCGCGGCGGCGCCCAAGUGGCCGUACUACGCGCGGAGGGUGCCGCACGACGAGGGGUUCCUGCUCGGGCUUAUGCGGGAGGGCGGGGUGGACUACCGGUCGGCGCCGCGGCCUGCGGGGAGGCUGCUGGUGGACAUGCUGAGCACGCUGCUCACACUCUGGGUCUCGCUGCUGCCGAUGAUGUGGUUCAUACAGCGGCAGAUGUCCGGUGGGGGCAGUGCUGACAAGCGACGCAAGCCGAGGAAGCAGAGGGUGGGGUUUGACGAUGUUCAGGGCGUGGAUGAAGCGAAGGAGGAGCUUGUGGAGAUAGUGAGCUGUUUGCAUGGUUCAUUGAACUACAAGAAGCUUGGAGCAAAACUGCCCAGGGGUGUUCUGCUUGUUGGCCCCCCAGGAACUGGGAAGACUCUGCUAGCAAGGGCAGUUGCAGGAGAGGCUGGAAUUCCAUUUUUCUCUGUUUCUGCUAGUGAGUUUGUUGAAGUUUUCGUUGGAAGAGGUGCUGCUCGGGUCAGGGAUUUGUUCAAGGAAGCCAAAGAAGCUGCUCCGUCAAUCAUUUUUAUUGAUGAACUUGAUGCCGUGGGUGGAAGUAGAGGUAGAAGUUUUAAUGAUGAGAGGGACCAAACUCUAAACCAGCUGCUUACUGAAAUGGAUGGUUUUGACUCGGACAUGAAAGUAAUUGUCAUGGCAGCUACUAACAGGCCAAAAGCACUGGAUGCUGCUCUUUGUCGGCCUGGCCGCUUCUCCAGAAAGGUUGUUGUUGGUGUGCCUGAUGUGGAGGGCCGCAAAAAGAUCUUGGCUGUUCAUCUAAGGGAUAUUCCUUUGGAAGAGAAUCCUGAAAUAAUUAGUGAUCUGGUUGCUAAUCUAACCCCAGGACUGGUUGGCGCGGAUCUAGCAAACAUUGUUAAUGAGGCUGCUCUACUAGCUGCACGAAGAGGUGGGAAUACUGUGUCCCGGGAGGAUAUUAUGGAUGCAAUCGAGAGGGAGAAAUACGGGGUCAAUGGUAGACAAGAAAUCGAUGGUUCUGAAAGGCAAGGUCUCACCAAAUUAUUUCCAUGGCUACCUAAGCCCGGAAAUAAACCAUCAACCCCUGACGAUUUCCGAGGACUGAUGGGUUAUCAGACAUUAAGCUAACUUAGCAGCCUUUAGAAGAAUCUGGGAAACUGUUGGCUGUAGUUUUCUUGUAUAGCAGCAAAUAUACAUCUCCAAAGAAGGAUGUUGCAAUCAGUGGUUUUGGGUUCUUUUGAGAAGAAACCUGUUACAAAUUACACGAGGAUAGCUUGUGAAAUACGGAGAUAACAAGAUCUUUCCUAGCUUAAAUCAGUCUUGUGCUCCAUAGUUUUGAUAGAAACAUUGCUCAGGUUUUGUCACAACCUGCACUGUUAAUAGAAUAGUCAAAAUAGCUUUCAGACUAGUGGUGCUCCUGCUUCUGUACACAAAUCAUCCGCUUGUCUGAUUCUUAACAACUAGAAGUCGAGAAAUUCUGCUCAAUUUGGAUCUGCAACGAUAUAUGAGCUUACAAGUGCGCUACUAGAGUUGGAUCAGCAACAAUGUGCAAGUCUACAAGUGAGAAUUGGAUCUAAAAUGAUAUGCAAGUGCACAAGUGAGAAUUGGAUCUGCAACGAUCUUUAAGAAGUACAUGGCAUCAUAUUCCACGGUUCACAUUGAUCGAAUUUUUUUUUCAUGUUAACUUGCAUUACUGCUAUUCUGUAUAUUCUCUGAAUUACAGUCAAGAACAGAAUCUGUAGCUCUGGCAGUUUCAAAUGUGAAAUCGCUCAAUCUGUCAACAUGUAUGCAUCAUGGCGGUA